AUGAGGAACCCGCCGGGCAGGCACCUCCUCCGCCUCAGCAGCCACGCCGUGCGCUCUUCCUCCUCCUCGUCGGCGCUCGGCCCCGGCGCCGGCGCCUCCACCUCCGCCGCAUCCCCACGCCCGCGCGCCGCCGCGGGCGGGUGGCCCCUGCGCGCCAGCUCCCCGCCCCCGCCUUCCGCGGUCGCCGCCGCCGCGUACUGGGAGUCCCGCGCGCUCCGCCGCGACGGGGAGGAGGGGGACUGGCAGGAGGUCGUCGCCGGGGCCGGGGCCCCCGGUACCGGGGAGAUGGAGGAAGAAGACGAGUACAGGGUGGUGUUCUGGUCCCCGCCCACCAUAGACGAGGUCACCGGCGCAGUCACCAGCAUCCAGGAGGUAUUUGAGAAUCCUGUUGGACUGGAUUCAGAUACAACUGACAGACAAACAGCACUGCUGUCUGCAUCAGGAUAUUCAUCUGGCAAUUCGUCAGGAUCAGAUGACUGGAUUGAACCUGCUGCCUAUGUUCUUAAUUCAACUGCUCUUCUUUCAAGGGAACAUAGGAAUGUUUUGGAUGCUUUCCGUCUGUUGCAAAAGGAUCCCACUGUUCAGAAAAUGGUUAUGUCUUUGUCAUGCGAUAGGGCUGUUUGGAAUGCUGUCAUGAAUAAUGAGGCAGUUCAAGAUUUCAGGAGAUCUUUACAUGAUGGAAAAGAAAAUGACAAAAAGGGAGACACUGGUGGUCCAGCUGAAGUGCUUAAGUGGAUCCUGGAAAGUGCCCAGACAAAAAUAGUUGAAUUCCUUGAGAAUGUUAUGAAGAUAAUCAACAUGCUGAUCCACCCUCAAGAGGAUGAAGAUAAGCCAGAUGCAUACAGCGAUGCAGUUAAGGUUUCGUUCAUGCUCACGGUAUUAAAUCUUCUUCAUCGUGGUGGCCAUUGCUCGUAUCAAUUAUGA